CACUGCAGCGUUCUGGAUCGCUCACUGCCCUGUCAAAGCCGUGUUUGGGGGUGUUUGGGGUCCCAGGAUGGUGACCCCAUUCCUGACCCCAUUCCUGACCCCGUUCCUGACCCCGUUCCCCACCCCACUGCAGCGUUCUGGAUCGCUCACCGCGCUGUCAAAGCCGUGUUUGACUCCAUGGACAACCUGCAGCCGGCGCCCCACGACGUGGGGUUUGUCCAGCAGGCCAUGUUCGACUACUUCCAGAUCUCGGACAGGAUGGGGCUCCUGACCCACCUGUACCGCACCUUCGAGAAGGCCAAGUUCGCGGGGUUCUGCCGGAGGGUGGCCGAGGGUGCCCAGCUCGGUGACCCCCUGUGCUGCCACAUCUUCACCGAAGCCGGCGAGUUCCUGGCUCGCCACGUGGUGGCCGUGCUGCCCAAAAUCCACCAGAGCCUGUUCCUGGGCGAGCUGGGGCUGCCCAUCCUCUGCGUGGGCUCGGUGUGGAACAGCUGGGAGCGCACGUGUUCUGAGCCAGAAAAAAACUGGGGGGAGAGCCCCAAAAACUGGGGGGAGAGCUCAAAAAAUGGGGGGAGCGCCCGGGAGAGGGUGUUUGUGGUUCGGCAAUAA